UUCGGUCACAUUGCUUGCUGCUAUUGUAAAAAAAUGCAAAUGCAAAAAUUGCGAAUAACUAAAACGUUAAAUAGUUAAUAGAACCAAUCAAAAAUAAUUGUAAAAGUUUAUUGCAAGCAGGUGUGAUGUUUUAAGUGUUUAAGUUUUUUUUUUGUUGUUUCAAUUAGCGGAGUCAAUAGUCGGUUGGGUGAUAAAACACAGUGCACAUUCUUGCUCCAGAGAUGUUGCCGCCAAAGGAGAACGUCGAUCUGGAGUGCUUCAUUGUGACGAAGCACUCAUGGAAAGGCAAAUACAAAAGGAUACUUUCCAUUGGCACUGCCGGCAUUUCCACCUACAAUCCGGACAGAUUUGAUCUAACAAAUCGCUGGUCCUAUUCGGAUAUUGUAGCUGCCGCACCCACAAAGACCACAAAUAUUCCCAAUGAAUUUGUGCUCACCAUUAAGAAAGACAAGAAAUUGGAUACGAUCAAACUUUCUUCGGAAUAUCGCAACGAUAUACUCAGCUCGAUUUUGAAAUAUUACAGGGAAUUUGCUGACAAGCCUAAAAAUGCUCUGCGAUUUAAUGCGUAUAAAUACCAUUGGUCGGGCAUAAGCUUACCCACUGUGCUGGAGGUAACCCCCUGUUCCCUCGACCAAUUGGAUCCCACAACGAAUGAUGUGCUCGCCAGCUAUAUGUACAAGGACAUUGAAGGAAUAAUAGCAGGCAUCUCGGACUACGACAAUGGCAUUGUGAUGGCCUAUGGCGGCUUCAGCCGCCUCCACAUGUUCAAGGCGCUCAAUCACCAUGAGAUUGUGCAGAACAUUGCUCAACGCUCCUCGCAAUUUCUUGGCAUCGAGACCAAAAUACUCAAAAGUCAAAUAACGCUUGAACAAUUCGAGCGACAGCGUUUUGGAAAGUACAGCGGGGAUCAGUUCCAAACAUCGAUGACCGAGUUCACAGUGCAAAAGAUAACGCCACGGCAUCCGGAUCCCGUAAAGCGUAUACUCUGCCUCACUGAGGUGACGCUGUUGGAGCGCGAUCCACAAACGUAUAGCGUCUGCACGCUGCGUCCGCUCUGCGAUGUGUUUGCUCUUGUGCGCGAUAAAGACAAUCUACAGCGCUUUUGCAUUGAGUAUAAGAAUGGUAUUGUACGCAGCUAUAGCACCAAUGAUCGUGAUUCUUUGUUGGCCACUGUGUUGGAUGCUGUGCGCUCUAGUGGCAAUCAGGAUGUGCACAUACGCAUUGGCAAUACCCCGCGUGGCAAACGUUAUGUGCCGCUUAACAGUUCGGUGGAUGAGGAGACUGAGGCUAGUCUGUUGCGUCUGGUUAUCAACAAUUUCCAGAACCAAACCAAACGUCAUGAGAUACUUGAGCGUUUCAAUGCCAAUGUGCCACACAGCGGACUCAACUACAGUGUGACGCAAGAUAGUUUAUUUGCCGAGAACAAGGAGAAGCUCAUUUUAAGUGCGUUACAAGCGCUGGCACAAAAGGAACUCGACAGUCCAACGGCACAGCUGACCAACACAGAACUGGAGGCCAUCUUUCAUGCGCUGACCCGAUUGCUGGCUAGCAAAGUGGGUUACGCCGCCUUCACCAAUCUUCCGGGUUUUCGUGAAAUCAUUGGCUCCAAGAUUGUGGCUGCGUUGCGUCGCAAGGAUCUGGCUGUUACGUACUCGGCUAUUGAUAUGAUCAACUCGUUGAUGCAUUCAGUGAACACCGAUCAUGACCUCAAGCAGGAGCAGCUGAACAAAUCUUCCAUAUUAUCAUCGAAAACAUUUCUAGAAACGCUGCUCAACAUGUGGACAACGCACGUGAGCCAUGGCAGUGGAGCCUUGGUGCUGUCAGCGAUGCUGGACUUUAUGACCUUUGCGUUGUGUGUGCCUUACAGCGAGACCACCGAUGGCAAACAGUUUGACACACUCCUCGAGCUGGUGGCCGAUCGUGGACGCUAUCUAUACAAACUGUUUCAGCAUCCAUCGCUGGCAAUUGUCAAAGGCGCCGGUUUGGUGUUGAGGGCCAUCAUCGAAGAAGGUGAACUGCAUGUGGCCCAGCAAAUGCAAGCAUUGGCGCUGGAUGAGGCGGCACUGUGUCGCCAUUUGCUGGUGGCACUCUAUACGCCCUCUAAUGAUCCCACAUUGAUAACGCAUCGUCAACUAUCACGUCAUUUGAUUGGCCUUUGGCUAACAGACAGUGAUGAGGCCAUGGAACUGUUUAAACGCAUUUUCCCCGCUGGUCUGUUGACCUUCCUGGAAACGGAGGAGACGGUGCCCGAAACGGAUGUGGAGGAGGACAAAUUGAAUUUUCGCGAUAAUCUCAAAUUUGCAAUUCAACAUUCCAAAAAAACUCGCAAGAAUGUGAUAGAGAAGCAUUUGCAAGGCAUUAAGCAUUGGGGCAUGAACCUCAUCGAGCAGCAGGAUACUGCUGCCCAGGCGUUAAAGAAUCGUCCUGUCGUACUGCGCAAUCGUCGGCAAAAGAAGAAAACUUCGGAUGCCAUUGUCAAUUUGCCGUAUUUCUUUUACAAUUUUGCCAAAGACCACAGUUUGCCUAAUCUCAUCUGGAAUCAUAAGACCCGAGAGGAGCUGCGCAUGUGCCUGGAGAAUGAGUUGCGUCAGUUCCUCAACGAUCGCGACUUGGCUGGUCAAAUGAUCGUGGCCUGGAAUUAUCAGGAAUUCGAAGUGGGUUAUCAGUGUCUGGCCGAUGAAAUCAAAAUUGGCGACUAUUAUAUACGUUUGAUACUGGAAAAGGAUGACUGGCCGCAGAAUCUGGUCAAGGAUCCGAUUGAGCUAUUCAAUGCUUUGUAUCGGCGUGUGUUGUGUCGUCAGCGCGUCAACGAUGAUCAGAUGACAGUGUUUUCAUUACAAGCGCUGGCUAAGGUCUACAGACGCUAUCACAAGGAGAUUGGCAAGUUCAGCGACAUGUCCUACAUCCUGCAGUUGAGUGAUCGCUGCCUUUCUCCGUCCAUGCGUGAUGCCUUAAUCAAUCUGAUAUCGUGUCUGGUGCUGGAGAAGUCGAACUGUCGUGCGCUCAUCGAUCAUGUGCAGUGUCUCGUUGAUCUGAUCACACUCGCACAUCUGCACAAGGGUCGCGCUCAAUUGAACACGAAAACCAACGUUAUUGAAGCUGGUCCCAAUAUGUCGGCAUAUGAGGAGAAGGAUUGGUACUACAACAUCGAGAAGGAUGGCCAAAAAGCAGAGCGUCAGGGACCCAUUACCUACUCCGAGCUGAAGGAAUUGUGGCAAAAGGGACAGAUCACGCCCAAGACACGCUGUUGGGCUAUUGGCAUGGAUGGUUGGCGCUCGCUGCAGCAAAUACCACAGCUCAAAUGGUGUCUCAUUGCCAAAGGAACGCCACUCUACGAUGAAACGGAGUUGGCUUCGAAGAUACUCGACAUAUUGAUCAAAUGCACCAGUUUCUUUCCAAGUCGCACGCAGAAUGGCGAUGCUGUGCUCAUCCCCGGCCCCAAGUUGUCACGCAAGUUGUCCGAGUUCAUUUGCCUGCCACAUGUGGUGCAAGUUUGUUUGACCCACGAUCCGGGAUUGUUGGAGCGAGUGGCGACAUUGUUGUGCCAGAUUAUGGAGGACAAUCCAGAGAUGCCCAAAGUCUAUAUGACGGGUGUUUUCUACUUCAUGCUUAUGUACACGGGCAGCAACAUUUUGCCCAUCACACGUUUCCUUAAAAUGACACACAUGAAGCAAGGUUUCCGCAGCGAAGAGACCUCGCAGUCGGGCAUUAUGCAUCGCAGCAUUCUGGGACAGUUAUUGCCGGAGGCCAUGGUGUGUUUCCUGGAAAAUUACAGCGCGGACAAGUUUGCCGAAAUCUUUUUGGGCGAAUUCGAUACGCCCGAAGUGAUUUGGAGCUCGGAAAUGCGUCGACUGCUUAUCGAAAAGAUCGCCGCACACAUUGCUGAUUUUACGCCACGAUUGCGUGGACACACAAUGGCACGAUAUCCAUAUCUCGCUAUACCUGUCAUUAGCUAUCCGCAGCUGGAGAAUGAGCUGUUCUGUCACAUUUACUAUUUGCGUCAUUUGUGCGAUACACAAAAGUUUCCCAACUGGCCAAUUUCGGAUCCGGUGCAACUGUUGAAGCAUACAUUGGAUGCGUGGCGUAAGGAGGUGGAAAAGAAGCCACCACAGAUGACCAUACAACAGGCUUAUCAAGAUCUGGGUAUUGAUCUCACCAAGACACCCAAACCAGAGGAGUCAGUGAUACGCAAGAGCUACUAUAAACUGGCGCAAAUGUAUCAUCCGGAUAAGAACCCCAAUGGUCGUGAGAUUUUUGAGAAAGUCAAUCAGGCUUACGAGUUUUUGUGCUCGCGCAACGUAUGGAGUUCUGGUGGACCGGAUCCCAACAAUAUUGUGUUAAUACUACGCACACAAAGCAUUCUCUUUGAGCGCUAUCCCGAUGUGCUGCGUCCUUAUAAGUACGCUGGCUAUCCGCAACUCAUCAAGACCAUACGCUUAGAGACACGCGACGACGAGCUCUUCUCCAAGGAGGCACAACUGCUGACUGCCGCCUCCGAGCUGUGUUAUCACACCGUGCACUGCUCCGCACUGAAUGCUGAGGAGCUACGUCGCGAGGAAGGCAUCGAGGCGCUGCUGGAGGCUUACACACGCUGUGUUUCCAUACUGGGCGUCGAUUCCAAGCCAGACUCGCUGCACUAUCAAGUCAUUUCGAAUGUGACGCGUUGCUUUGAGGUCGCCUGCAACUUUGAGAAGUGCAAGCAGAAGAUCAUUCAGCUGCCGCAGUUGCUCUCGGAUGUCUGUCGCGUUGUGUACUUCAAGCACACGUUGUCAGUCAGCCUUGUGACCAGUUUGGCUGCCAAUAACUAUGAUCUGCAGUGCAAUCUGUCUCGCAAUGGUGUGCUCUGGUCGCUGCUGCUGUUCAUCUUCGAGUAUGACUACACGCUGGACGAGAGCGGUGUAGAAGUGAGCGAUAAGUCCAAUCAACAGCAGUUGGCCAAUAAUCUGGCCAAAAUGGCUGUGUUGGGUUGCAUUGGCCUCGCAGGCUACAGCAUGGAAUUGCGUAACAAACCCAUCACGGGCAGCGAAUCCAAUUCGCCGGCUACAUCGUCCAAUUCCGCGCCUGCCAUCAAGCCGAAGCCAACGACUGCUACAAAUUCAGCUUAUACGCAAAAUGCGCACAAUCCGCUGCAGAGCAAGCAGCUGGCCAUCACCACGGGCAAGGAGAAGGAGACAGCAGUGGUGCUUAGCAAGCAGGACUCCAGCGUUAGCAGCGACACUUCGAGCUCCACGCCCACAGACAGCGAUCAGCAUCAGCAGCAACAACAGCAGCCACGUCCCAGUGCCAUUCAGCAAAAGUAUAUUGUCACAGGGGAAGCGAAGAACUCGCUGGUCAAGCAGGUGUUGGAUCGUCUGCUCACGCGCUACAUUGCCAAUCAGCUGGCCACCGCAACGGACAGCGAAGUGCUCAAACUUCUCACGGCCAACACACGCAAUCCGUAUCUCAUCUGGGAUAAUGGAACGCGGGCGCAGCUUAAGGAUUUCCUCGAGCAACAGCGCACGGCAUCCGCUAAGGAGACGCACGAGGAUAUUGCACAAGUCUAUGAGCUGGUCGCCAGCUUCGAAUUCGAUGCACACAAAGAUGAGUUGCAGAUUGGUGGCAUCUUCAUACGCAUCUACAACGACAUGCCCACGUUUCCCAUUGUCCAACCCAAGCAGUUCAUUAUGGAUCUGCUGGAGUACUUAAAGCAUGCCUAUCAGUUCCUCAACCAGAAGAAAACAAGGCAGUUGCGACCGCCGCCAGCUGCAGCGCCUAAAAUGGGCAGUGAUGGCAUACUAACGCCGACACUGGCGCCCAAUCAUCCUCAGCUGAAGCAGCAGCAACAGUCGGACGGCAAAGCGGGCAGCACCUUUGACGAUGUGCUCAAUGCCUACAAUCGUUCCAAGAGUCGCAAGAAGCUCGAAACAGAUGCUCAGGCGGAGCAACAGCUUUCCCUGCAGCAGUGCAAAUAUGAUUUUGCCACCGACAAUCAGUUGGAGCUGCAUAUAACCAUGGUACUGCGUGCCCUCAUUGCUGUGAUCAAAACCAAUGCAGAGGUUGAGAUCCAAUGCAUUGGUAACUUUGAUAUGAUCUUCGGUUUCCUUGCCAACAAUAUAUUCGCUGAUAGUUCGACCGUCAAGGCUGUGGCACUGGAAGUUGUUGCUCUGGUGUCGCGCAACAAGGAGUGUGUCUCGGAGGUUGCUGCCUGUGAAAUUCUUGGUAACUAUUUGGUGGCACUGAAGGAUCCCGAGCUGCGCGCCAGCCAAGUGAAGGUGCUGGAAACACUCUCAGGACUGAUGAACGUCCAGGAGAUGAUCAAGGAGGCUCAAACGAAGGGCGCAGUCAUAUAUUUGCUGGACAUGUUCUGCAACUCACGCAAUCCGCAAAUACGCGAAAUGUGCGCUGAAAUUUUGGCCAAGAUGACAGCAGAUCGUCUUAGUGGGCCCAAAGUGCGCAUUACAAUAUCCAAGUUUUUGCCAGCGCUGUUUAUCGAUGCCAUGAUCGAGUCGCCGGCCACAUCGGUACAGCUCUUUGAGUCCAUUCAUGAGCAUCCAGAGUUGAUUUGGAACGAUAAUACGCGCUCCAACGUAUGUGAUGCCGUCGCCGAUAGCUGCAAUAGAUUCUACCAGCAGCAAAAGACAAAUGCCAGACACUUGUGGAAGGAUCCCGAGGUGCUGAAGGACAUUGUAUCCAAUGAGAUUGUUGUCGCAGGUGUUUAUUUGCGACUGUUUGUUAGUAAUCCCGCCUGGACGCUUCGCAAACCCAAACAAUUCUUAUCGGAUCUUUUGGAUUUCGUUGUCGAGCAAAUUAGCAAGAGCUCUGUGGAACCAGAUGUGCUAGACUUAUCAACCACAGCGCUUGUCGAGUUGCUGCGGUCACAGCCCAAUCUGUCAGACGAUAUACCCGUCCUGGGUCACAUACCCAAGCUGUUUAAUUUGCUCUCAGUGCAGCCAAAGAACACGCUAUCAGUAUUACACCAGCUGUCGCUCUCUGAGUUCUGUGUAAGCGCCAUCUCACAGACGGAAUGCAUUGCACCGCUCAAAAAGUGCAUGGAACACAAUCGGGACUGCAUCGAGAAGGCCUGCGAAACAUUGAGUCGUCUUUUCAAACAUCAGCAUGAUUCGUUGAUCAGUCAAUCACUGGAAGUGGGCCUCAUACCAUUCCUGCUGGGAUUGCUGGACAGCCGCUUGGAAUUCGUGGACAAUGCAUCGGCAGUAAAAGCACAAAUUGUCGCUGCGCUCAAGGGCAUGACGCAUAAUCUCAAUUAUGGUGAUCGUGUGACGCAAAUAUUGCUCAAGCAUCCAGUGUGGGCCGAGUUCAAGGAUCAGCGCCACGAUCUCUUCAUCACCGAUACCAACAUACGUGGCUAUUUGACUGGCGUCAAUCCGACGGCGGGAUACCUCACCGCAGGACCAGCGCAAAACGUUGAAGUGCUCACCUCACCACCGCCUAUGGAUCGCGAUGAUCCUUCGGCACGCCCGCCAAUUGAUUAACGGCUCCUAAUUUACCGCAGCCAUGCGAAAGUUAAGCAUCAUUUAUGAGAAUGAGAGUUGGUCGAGUCUUUUGCUUUGCAGCAGGCAUCCCAUUUAUUGUAUUAAAAGUUUUUUGCAUAAUUUUACACAUGUCGUGCUGUCGCAAUCAGGAAAUCAGGAAAAACGUCAGCAUUCAAAGCAAACAUAUUAACAAUCUGUAACAAAGUCUACGAAGUGUUUAAUUUUUUAUAUUUAUAUGAAUUGUAUAAAUAAUUAGUUAAUAGCUAAUAUACACAUACAUCUUAACUAAAGCAUGCAUAAAGUGAUUAUACAUAUGUAUUAUGAAUUAA